GAAAUACAAACACAAUUAUUACAGAACCAAACCACCAAAAAUUUUCUUACACUUCAAAAUCAAAAUUUAGAGACAACGAAAUAGAUUUUUAAAGGUAAAAGAUAUGACUAGUGCUUCAUUUUGUUCAUCCACAACUCAGAUCAAUGGGUUUGGAGGAGGAUUUACUCUCCAAAAAACUCAUCUUUUUAACCAACCCAGUUCUGUUACUCUUUCAAGGAGAAAGAUUCAAACUGUAGUGAAAGCAACAUCUCGGGUUGAUAAGUUCUCUAAAAGUGAUAUCAUUGUUUCCCCAUCCAUUCUCUCUGCUAAUUUCGCAAAGCUAGGGGAGCAGGUAAAAGCAGUGGAGCUGGCAGGUUGCGAUUGGAUUCAUGUUGAUGUUAUGGAUGGUCGUUUUGUUCCAAACAUCACCAUUGGACCUCUAGUGGUUGAUGCUUUGCGUCCAGUGACAGAUCUUCCUUUGGAUGUGCAUUUGAUGAUUGUGGAACCUGAACAACGAAUUCCAGAUUUUAUUAAGGCUGGAGCUGAUAUAAUCAGUGUCCACUGCGAGCAGACUUCUACCAUCCAUUUGCAUCGUACAGUAAAUGAGGUAAAAAAUCUUGGAGCUAAAGCUGGAGUUGUCUUGAACCCUGGUACCCCACUGACUGCAAUAGAAUAUGUCCUUGAUGUGGUUGAUCUAGUCUUGAUCAUGUCCGUGAACCCUGGUUUUGGUGGACAAAGCUUUAUUGAGAGUCAAGUAAAGAAAAUCUCUGAUUUGAGAAGAAUGUGCGCAGAGAAGGGAGUAAAUCCAUGGAUUGAGGUUGAUGGUGGAGUUGGACCCAAGAAUGCAUAUAAGGUUAUCGAGGCUGGGGCUAAUGCUUUAGUUGCUGGUUCAGCUGUAUUUGGGGCUAAAGAUUAUGCAGAAGCUAUAAAAGGUAUUAAAACCAGCAAAAGGCCAGUGGCAGUACCGGCAUAAUUUUAACAAAAGAUCUCAUUUGAUAAAGAUUAUUUGCAUGGUAGAUAAUUAGCUUGUUGCAAUCAUCGUGUUGUUGUACAAUGCACCAUUGCUUCCCGGAUUGAGUUCAUUGAUAUUACUGAUAAGCCAAUAAGGAUACAUCUGUGGUGAGAGUGCUGCUGGGGUAUACUAUGUACCAUAUAUUCUUUAUAGGAAUUCAGCUUGUUUGAAGCACAUUGUAAUAUUCAACAGUGUCAUUAGUUUCCAAAUUAGCCACUUUUUGUAUUUUUCUUCCGAAAUGAAAAUAAAAUAAGAUUGUUAAAACAGAAA